UAUGUGCAAUUUUGGGUUGUAAAAACUUAAUUAAAUAUUCUUCAUUUUUUUAUGAGCUAAGUUAACAUUUCUAUUUUUUUUAUCUCUCAUGAAAGUAGAAAAAACAAGUUGCAUAAAUCACAUUCAAGUUUAUUGUUUCCUUACCCACCCAAGUCCCCCUAUCCCCAACCUCCACCAACUUGACCGUCCCAUUUCGCCACCACCCUAACCCCAUUCCCCAUCCCGUUCCGAAUCUAUGAUAUUUUGCUUAUUUGCUAGAUAACUUAUUAAUAUUUACUUUCCAAACACUUGAAAAUAGGUAAGAAAUUCAUUUAUUUUUCAAGAAACAUUUUAUAAAAAAUGUCUUUCAUGAAAAACAAUUUCUUAAAAAUAUUUUUCGUGACAACAUUUUCGUUCAUACCAAACACACCCUAAGCCAAAAACUCAUCCUCACUUCAAAAGUCCCACCACAUCUCAAAAAAACUGAAACCACCAACUGAAUUCUCAACUGAAUCAAUGAUCAGCUGCAACCUUAUUCCUCUUCCCUCAAAAACAAACCUUAAAAAACAUCCUCAAAAUACCCAAGAACAUCAUCAUGGACACAAGCUCAAUUUCUCCCACCACAUUAAACAACCACAAAAAUACCCAAAACACAACAUCUUACCCAACUUAUUAUCAGUCCAUACAAAAAACCCACAUGCCAUUUACAAAGACAUUCAAAAAUUCGCUCACCAAAACAAACUUAAAGAAGCACUUACCAUUCUUGAUUACUUAGACCAUCGUGGAAUUCCAGUAAACCCGACCACAUUUUCUUUCCUUAUAGCUGCUUGUGUUCGUAUGAAAUGCUUAAGUUCCGCGAAAGUUGUGCAUACACAUAUACUGAUUAAUGGACUUGGGGAUAAUGAGUUUAUUCAAACUAAGGUUGUUAAUAUGUACGCGGCGUGUGGGUCGAUCGAGGAUGCGAAGAAGAUGUUUGAUAAAAUGCCUGUGAGAAGUGUGUACCCGUGGAACGCGUUGCUUAGGGGAAAUGUGGUGUUGGGUGGGAGAAAGUAUAAAGAUGUUUUGGGUACGUUUUCAGAUAUGAGGGGAUUAGGGGUGGAUGUGAAUGUGUAUAGUUUUUCUUGUUUGAUUAAGAGUUUCGCGGGGGCUAGUGCGCUUUUCCAAGGGUUAAAAACGCAUGGGAUGUUGAUCAAGAAUGGUUUUUUAGGAAGUGAUAUAGUUAGGACUAGCUUGAUGGAUAUGUAUUUUAAGUGUGGGAAGGUUAGGCUGGCUUAUCGCGUGUUUGAGGAGGUUGAGGAGAGGGAUGUAGUUACGUGGGGUGUGAUGAUAGCUGGUUUUGCUCAUAAUAAGUUGCAAAGAGAGGUGUUGGAGUAUACGAGAUUGAUGAUAAAGGAGGGAAUAGAGGUAAAUUCUGUUAUUCUAACUACUAUCCUUCCAGUUAUUGGAGAAGUACAGGAAAGAAAACUUGGCAAGGAGGUACAUGCUUAUGUGAUCAAGACAAAGGAAUACUCGAAGCAGUUGUUCAUUCAAUCUGGUUUAGUUGAUAUGUAUUCCAAAUGUGGAGAUAUUUUAUCAGGAAGAAAGGUGUUUUAUGGUUCAAAAGAGAGGAAUGCGAUUUCUUGGACUGCUCUUAUCUCGGGUUACAUUUUAAAUGGGAGACUUGAUCAGGCUUUGAGAUCAAUUGUAUGGAUGCAACAAGAAGGGUUUAAGCCUGAUCUUGUAACCGUUGCCACCAUUCUCCCUGUUUGUGGGAAACUGAAAGUGUUAAAGCAAGGGAAAGAGAUUCAUGCUUAUGCAGUGAAAAAUGGUUUUUUGCCUAAUGCAUCUGUAAGUACGUGCCUAAUGAUGAUGUACUCAAAGUGUGGUUUGCUUCAAUAUUCGUCUAAAGUUUUUGAUGGAAUGGAGAAUAGGAAUGUUAUAUCGUGGACAGCCAUGAUGGAUUCAUAUAUUGAUUCUGGGUGUCUUGAGGAGGCACUUGGUAUUUUCCGGUCAAUGCAGUUGUCGAAGCACCGAGCAGACUCUGUAGCAAUGGGAAGAAUUUUAAGUGUUUGUGGCAAAUUAAGGCUUUUGAAACUUGGGAGAGAAAUACACGGCCAGAUUCUGAAGAAAGAUAUAUCAUUUGUACCAUUUGUUUCUGCAGAACUUGUGAAGAUGUAUGGGGGUUGUGGUGCAAUUGAUAAAUCAAGGUUUUCCUUCUCUGCAAUACCUGUCAAAGGAUCUCUAACAUGGACUGCUAUCAUUGAGGCUUAUGGAUUAAGUGGGCAAUGCAGAGAAGCAAUAAACGAGUUUAAGCAGAUGAUAUCGAAGGGCUUUAACCCGAACCAUUUUACUUUUAAAGUUGUUUUUUCUAUUUGUGAGAAAGCUGGAUUUGCUGACGAGGGUUGUCAAUUCUUCACUAUGAUGACACAAAAAUAUAAGAUAAAGGCAUCCGAAGACCAUUAUACUAGCAUCAUUAACCUUCUACAUCAUGUUGGUCGUACUAAGGAGGCUGAAAAGUUUGUCCUUCUCAAACAAUCCUUGGCAUGAGGUAGAGGAGAAAGAUUUUCCUCAUUACAUGUUUGGUCGGACACGGUUAUACAUUCGGACUCAAACCAGUGGCUUGCAGUAGAGUUUGCUAUUGUCUUUCUGUCGACAUAGAUGAGAAGAGUAAUAGUGACUUGUCAAGCCAAAAAUGUUACUCAUAAGGAACGCGAGGAAGGACCUUCGAUAUGACAUGUCGUAUUUGGGGAAAUGGGACUUCUCAUGGCAGACUUGCAGUGAUUACUUCGUAUAUGUAUCUAGUGGAAGAUGUUAAUACAGAUCCAAAUGGUGCUGAUUUUGCCCUUCCAUAGCACCAUUCGAGCAAUUCUUGCUUUGUUAGCUUUGUUGUAUAAAAUGUUGUAUAUGCUGCAAACCUGCCACUGAUACCACUUAGGAAACCAAAAAAAUGAAAAGAAGAAAAAAAUCAAUAAGGUGCGUUUGUCAUUUAUAAAACUAGGAGGCACACAUCUGUCAUUCAUUCA